UAUGGUUUACAAGGAGUUGUUGGUGUUAUUGAUUGUACACAUAUUGCUAUAACUCCACCAAAGAAAAAUGAUGAGUUAUAUCCCGAACACAUCUACGUCAAUCGUAAAGGAUAUCAUUCAAUUAAUACUCAACUCAUAUGUGAUGUCAAUUUACGUAUUUUAAAUGUGUCAGCCCGAUGGCCAGGGUCUACCCAUGAUUCCCACAUAUGGAAUGAAAGUCACGUUAAGACAUUUAUGACAAGCUUGCAUGAUCGAGGUUUUACUUCAUACUUUUUGUUAGGAGACUCUGGGUAUGCUUUGCGGCCAUGGUUGUUAACGCCGUUUUUAAACGUCGAAGCUAAUACACCGGAAUACCGGUUCAAUGAAGUUUUUUGUCGUGCGAGAUCUACUAUCGAACGCUGUAAUGGAGUUUUAAAAAUGCGUUUUCGCUGUCUUCUCAAAGAUCGAACACUGCAUUAUUCACCCAACAAGGCUUCAAAAAUAGUGUUGGCAUGUGUUGUGUUACACAAUUUGUGUAUUGAAGAAAAUGUACCUUUAAUUAAUGAAGAGGUUGAGGAUGAUGAUUUUGGAAUUUACCAAGCUGUUGACAAUGAAGAAAUGUCACAAAGUAGGCAAAACCCGGAACUUGUGGCCGGCCUUCGUUUCCGUCAAAACAUUGUUAACAGACUUUUUACAAACUAAAAUAACUUGUGAUUGAGUAAUCUCUAUUCUAU